CCAAAGCCACCAUGCCCCACAGUUGCACAUGGAUCAAUGGAAUACCAUGAGUUCUUUAAAACCCUGAAUAAGAACUUUCCCAAAAGUGCCUGUUUAAUGUCAAAACGACUCUAUUAUUCCUCAUUUAUACCUAUGUCAGCCACUGAGGUAUUACCAAAGCCUAUUAUGAGCUAUGGAUCAGAAGAAUCAUUAAAACUUGACCACAACCAAUUAAUGAAUGAAUGCCAGAAGCUAACAUUAAAAAUAACAGCAAAACAAGUAGCUGUCUUAGAAGCAGAAACCAGGAGGCAAAGCAACUCAAAACUAUGGUUUACACAUAGAGCUGGUCGAAUCACAGCAUCAAGACUUAAAUCUGUUGUCCGAACAAAUCCAAAAAAACCAUCAAAGUCGUUGAUUAAGUCUAUAUGCUAUCCAGAAGCAUAUAGGUUUUCAAGUGAAGCUACCAGAUAUGGUUGCAAUCAUGAGGGUAUUGCAAGGAAAAAGUAUGAAAGUGUCAUGUGCCAACAACAUGAAACAUUUUCAGUAUGUGAAAGUGGGUUAAGAGUGAACCUUAAAUGGUCAUUUAUGGGUGCAACACCAGAUGGGGUGGUCAUGUGUGAUUGUUGUGGUAUUGGAGCAUGUGAAAUAAAGUGUCCAUUUUGCAAGAAGAAGAAGGAAAACCUGGUAGAUUGUGCAGGUGACAAGGGAUUCUGUCUGGUCAAAAGUGAAACUGGUAUACAGCUGGACAAGAACCAUGCCUAUUACUUUCAAAUUCAAGCACAAAUUCACAUUAUGGAAAUUGAUUAUUGUGAUUUUAUAGUAUGGAAUGAGAAUGACAUUUACAUAGAACGAGUCCUACCAGAUAUUGUAUUUUGGGAUAGUGUUGUACCUAAGGCAGAGUUGUUCUUUAGAAAGUGUAUCCUGCCAGAAGUAUUAGGGAGAUUUUUCUCUAAACCAUUUUCUGCCCUUGAGCUAAAAAAUUCUGAGGAGUAAAUAUCACAAUAACUUAAGAUUUGUAAUCAUUUU